AUGGAGGUGGAGGAGGCGUUCCCGCUGGUGGGGCAAAUGGGGCCCUACCAGGUGUAUCUGUGCGUCCUGCUGGCCGUGCUCCUCCAGCUCUAUGUGGCCACUGAAGCCAUCCUCAUCGCAUUGGUGGGCGCAACUCCUCCCUACCACUGGGAUCUCCAAGAGCUCUCGGCUAAUCAGAGCCAUAGCAACCAGUCAGCGAGUGAACAGAGAGCUUUUGGGGAAUGGCUUCUGACCGCCAAUGGCAGCGAGGUGCAUAAACAUGUGCACUUCAGCAGCAGCUUCACAUCAAUAGUCUCUGAGUGGUUUUUAAUUGGCAACACAUCGUACAAAGUCAGUGCUGCCAGUUCUUUCUACUUCAGUGGUGUGUUUGUUGGAGCAAUCUCCUUUGGCCAGCUCUCAGAUCGCUUUGGGAGGAAGAAAGUCUAUCUCACAGGUUUUGCCCUGGACAUCUUGUUUGCCAUUGCAAAUGGAUUCUCACCCUCAUACGAAUUCUUUGCCAUCUCUCGCUUCUUGGUAGGGAUGAUGAAUGGUGGGAUGUCACUGGUGGCCUUUGUUCUACUGAAUGAGUGUGUGGGUACUGCCUACUGGGCAUUAGCAGGAUCUAUUGGUGGCUUGUUCUUUGCUGUGGGAAUUGCCCAGUAUGCUUUAUUAGGCUACUUCAUUCGUUCCUGGAGGACUUUGGCUGUUGUGGUUAACCUGGAAGGAACAGUCGUCUUUCUUCUCUCUCUAUUCAUUCCAGAGUCCCCUCGCUGGCUCUAUUCACAAGGCCGGCUGAAUGAAGCAGAAGAUGCCCUCUACCUCAUUGCGAAGAGGAACCGCAAGCAGAAGUGCACUUUCUCAUUAAAACUCCCAGCAGAGAGAAGCUCCAGAGAGGCUGGCAGCUUCUUGGAUCUGUUCCGAUAUAAGAUUCUCUUGGGACGUACCUUGAUCAUGAUGUUUACUUGGUUUGUGUGCAGCUUGGUUUACUAUGGUCUUACCCUUAAUGUGGGUGACUUAGGUGGAAGUAUUUAUGCCAAUUUAGCCCUUUCAGGGUUGAUAGAAAUCCCAGCAUACCCAAUCUGUAUUUACUUGAUUAACCAAAAAUGGUUUGGUCGGAAGCGAACACUGAGUGCAUUUCUGUUCCUGGGAGGAUUGGCUUGUCUUAUUGUCAUGUUUCUUCCUAAAAAGAAAGAUACUGGAGUGUUUGCAGUGGUGAAUAGUCGCUCUCUGUCUUUGCUGGGGAAACUGACAAUCAGUGCUGCAUUUAACAUUGUCUACAUCUAUACAUCGGAACUUUAUCCCACAGUGAUCAGGAAUGUUGGAAUGGGUGCCUGCUCCAUGUUUUCCCGUGUUGGUGGAAUCAUUGCUCCUUUCAUCCCUUCACUGAAAUCUGUACAGUGGUCUCUGCCUUACAUUGUGUUUGGAGCAACUGGCCUUUUGUCUGGGCUCUUAAGUUUGUUGUUGCCAGAGACCUUAAACAGCCCUUUGCUAGAAACUAUUUCAGACCUGCAGGUAUGCUCGUACUGGAGGCUGGGUGAUGAAGCCAUGUCAUUGCAAGCCCUAGAUGGCUCACAGUCUGGAGACAAAGACAGUUCUGCAGGGAGUGGAAGUGAAGAUGAGGAGUUUUAUGAUGCUGAUGAAGAGACUCAUAUGAUCAAGUAA